GAGUGAUAUGAUAUAUAUAAAGCCUAAAUACAAUUUUGUAUAUAAAUUGAGGAGUGAUGUGAAGCAGCAGCAGCAUCCCUUCUGUUGCAAUCCAAUGGGUGAUGAUCUCAUAGCGAGAGGACAACAACUCGCGAACAAAGCGGAGAACAAACUCAUUUGUUGUUGCGGCUUGUUUGAUUCCAAUUACCAAGAUGCCGCUGAACUUUUCCUCAAUUCUGCUAAAUCAUUUAAACUCGCUAAAUCAUGGGACAAAGCAGCUUCAAUCUUCAUCAAAUCAGCUAAAUGUCAUUUGAAGUACAGUCAGAUAACAAAUUUGAUGCUGCUAAUGCUUAUGUAGAUGCUUCACAUUGCUACAAGAAAACAUCUAGAAAAGGUGCUAUUACAUGCUUAAAUCAAGCAGUGACUAUCUUCACAGAAAUUGGUCGGCAAAUCAUGGCUGCAAAGUAUUGCAAGGAAAUUGGUGAGUUAUACGAGCUUGAUCAAGACUUCGAGCAUGCUAAAUCAUAUUUUGAGAGGGCUGCUGAGCUUUUCGAUUUUAACGGUGAUGCAACAACCUCUGGGAUCCAGUGCAAACAGAAAGUUGCACAAUUUUCAGCUCAACUUCAUCAAUAUCAGAAGGCAAUUAAGAUUUAUGAAGAUAUUUCCCAACAAUCUCUAAACAACAAUUUAUUGAAAUAUGGAGUCAGAGGGUAUCUUCUUAAUUCUGGCCUUUGUCAUCUUUGUCAAGGGGAUAUUGUUGCAAUUACCAACACCUUGGAGCGCUACGAGGACUUGGAUCCAACAUUCUCUAGAACUCGCGAAUACAAAUUUCUGGCUGAUUUGGCUGCAUCAAUUGAUAAGGAAGAUGUUGCGAAUUUUACUCGAGUAGUCAAGGAGUUUGAAAGCAUAACCCAUUUGGAGUCUUGGAAGUCAACCCUUUUAUCUAGAGUUAAGGAUGCUUUGGAAGCAAAAGUGAUGGAAGAAGAUGAUUUGACAUGAAUGAAUCAGAAUUGAAUUCUUGGCCAAUGAAGUUAUUCCAACUUUGUAUAUGUUAGCGGUAAGGGAUCAAUAUUAUGUUGGUGUAUUAUAUAGUAUAUCUGAUUUUGUUUUCACAAAUUCAUCAUCACUAAUAUAAUGUAUUUAAUAUAAUGUAUUAAGCAUUUAGAGUUUCAUUUUCUAAA